UGUGUGUGAGUGUGUGUGUUUGUGUGAGUACAUGUGUGUGCCUGGUAUAAUAGAAGAGAGAGAGAGUGGGGGAAGAGAGUAGCUUGCAAUGUGCUGAUCAGCGAGCUGCUGUGCUUUGCUCUCUCUGCCUCUCAUGUUCCUGCUCACUGUUAAUUAGCCUCACACAUGCUCCUCUCUGCACGCACCUCUCGGCUUCAUCCUCUUUCUCAUAUCUUUUUCGGGAACAUUUACUCUUAAGUUCUCACCACACACUCUUUUGAGAGAUGAGAGGCGAGCAGCAGGAUUGUUUUUGGCUCAGGGUGAUGGCAGCAGAUGUUUGAGAAGAAAAUUGGUAAAUCUGAAGCGUGUACACCGGCGAAGUUUUUUUUUUUAUUCUUUUGAGGGCGCCGAGGUUGUCCUCUAGAUAAUGAAGAUGAUCGAAAGCCACACACGCCAAGACCAGAUGGACAAAUAGCAGCAGAAAAAAGAAGACUUCACUCAAGAAGACAGGGAGUUAAAAAGGAGACAUCAUGAACACCACAGAAUAUCAUGGAUUGAUCCAAGGCUACCACAACAGGAGCCAAACCACAGCCACUUUGCCACUUGACAAAGACUUAUCAGCCGAGGAGAAGGACUCCUCUGCGGGAUGCUACGAGCAGCUGCUGAUUUCCACAGAGGUUUUCCUCACUCUGGGCAUCGUCAGCCUGCUGGAGAACAUCCUGGUUGUUGCUGCUAUAAUCAAGAACAAGAACCUUCACUCGCCGAUGUACUUCUUCAUCUGUAGCCUUGCUGUUGCUGACAUGCUCGUCAGCGUCUCCAAUGCCUCCGAGACUAUUGUCAUAGCGCUCAUCAACGGAGGCAACCUGACCAUCCCCGUCACAUUGAUUAAAAGCAUGGACAAUGUGUUUGACUCUAUGAUCUGCAGCUCUCUGUUAGCGUCCAUCUGCAGCCUGCUGGCCAUCGCUGUCGACCGCUACAUCACCAUCUUCUACGCGCUGCGAUACCACAACAUCGUCACCCUGCGAAGAGCGAUGCUGGUCAUCACCAGCAUCUGGACGUGCUGCACCGUGUCCGGCAUCCUGUUCAUCAUCUACUCAGAGAGCACCACGGUGCUCAUCUGCCUCAUCACCAUGUUCUUCACCAUGCUGGUGCUCAUGGUGUCGCUGUACGUGCACAUGUUCCUGCUGGCGCGCCUGCACAUGAAGCGCAUUGCAGCGCUGCCGGGCAACGCGCCCAUCCAGCAGCGAGCCAACAUGAAGGGCGCCAUCACCCUCACCAUCCUCCUCGGGGUGUUCGUGGUGUGCUGGGCGCCCUUUUUCCUCCACCUCAUUCUCAUGAUCACCUGCCCCAGGAACCCCUACUGCACCUGCUUCAUGUCCCACUUCAACAUGUACCUCAUCCUCAUCAUGUGCAACUCCGUCAUCGACCCCAUCAUCUACGCCUUUCGCAGCCAAGAGAUGAGAAAAACCUUCAAAGAGAUUUUCUGCUGCUCGCACGCUCUCUUGUGUGUGUGAGCUGCCUGUUAAAUGUCAGCAGGGCUACGACUUUGACAGCCACAGUCUGUAAUUUAAAUGAAAGUUGUCCAACGAGGACUUU